UCGAAAUCUUGAGAGAGAUCAAGAUUUGCUUCUACUUGCCUUGCAAAAAUGAAACCGACCAGUCUCCUACAAUGUAAGUUAUUCAUAGGAAGCUUGUUAUUUUGGCUCGGCUCUGUUUUGGUUAGUGCAGAAGAUCCAUAUUUGUUCUACACUUGGACUGUUACUUAUGGAACAAGAUCUCCUUUAGGUGUUCCUCAACAGGUUAUUCUUAUCAAUGGACAAUUCCCUGGUCCACCGAUUGAAGCUGUCACAAACAACAACAUUGUUGUUAAUCUCAUCAACAAGCUCGACGAACCUUUCCUCAUCACCUGGAAUGGAGUGAAGCAGAGGAGGACAUCGUGGCAAGACGGAGUACUAGGAACAAACUGUCCGAUCCAACCAAACUCGAACUGGACUUAUCAGUUUCAACUUAAAGACCAAAUCGGUACUUACACUUACUUCGCUUCCACGUCGAUGCACAGAGCCAGUGGUGCUUUUGGGGCUCUCAACAUUAACCAGAGAUCCGUUAUUACCACUCCUUAUCCUACCCCAGAUGGCGACUUCACCCUCCUCGUCACUGACUGGUUCAAAAUGAGCCACAAGGAUUUGCGAAAGCGGCUUGACGCAGGCUAUGCACUUCCUCUUCCUGAUGGUCUUCUAAUCAAUGGUGUUUCUAAGGGUUUAAUCUUUACUGGUGAACAAGGCAAAACAUACAAGUUUCGGGUAUCAAAUGUCGGUAUAGCAACAUCGAUAAACUUUAGGAUUCAAGACCACACAAUGAGCCUCGUUGAAGUAGAAGGCGCUCACACUCUUCAGGAAACCUAUGAAUCCCUUGACGUCCACGUUGGUCAGUCCGUGACCGUCCUGGUCACUUUAAAAGCUUCAGUGAGAGACUAUUACAUCGUGGCUUCGACCUGGUUUACCAAACCUAUACUAAACACAACCGCGAGUCUUCGUUACCUAGGCUCCAAAAACGCCGUCUCUGGCCCCCUUCCCGUUGGUCCUACUUAUCAUAUCCACUGCUCUAUGAAACAAGCAAGAACCAUCAGGAUGAAUUUGACGGCAAAUGCUGCAAGACCAAACCCACAAGGAUCAUUUCAUUAUGGUACCAUACCGAUAAACCGGACUCUAAUCCUAGCCAAUGCGGCUACGAUGAUCUACGGGAAGCUUCGGUACACGGUAAACCGAAUAUCAUACAUCAAUCCAGCGACACCGUUGAAACUUGCCGAUUGGUACAACAUUUCGGGUGUGUUUGAUUUCAAGACAAUGCUUGGCACUCCUACGAUCGGACCAGCUCAUUUUGGUACAUCGGUUUUCGAUGUUGAGCUCCACGAGUUUGUUGAAAUUGUUUUCCAAAACGACGAGAGAUCAAUUCAAUCGUGGCAUAUGGAUGGUACUAGCGCCUUUCUUGUCGGAUACGGGUCAGGGACAUGGAAUGUGACCAUGAGGAAACGUUACAACUUGUCUGAUGCUGUUGCAAGGCACACUUUUCAGGUGUAUCCGUUAUCAUGGACAAGCAUAUUAGUGUCGUUGGAUAACAAAGGUAUGUGGAACUUAAGGUCACAGAUAUGGUCGAGGAGGUAUUUAGGACAAGAGCUCUACGUUCGCGUUUGGAACGAUGAGAAGUCUCUUUACACUGAAGCUGACCCACCUCUUAACGCUCUUUAUUGCGGCCAAGCCAAACGCCCUAGUUAGAUAUGAUAUAUUCCACAUAUACUAUUAUUGUUUUUUCUUCUUCUUUGUUUAAUUAGGUCAAAAUGAAGGGUGUUUUUUUUCAAAAGUGAGAGUGGGGGAAAAAAUACAAACGUAAUCAAUACGUAAACCUCAUUGAUUUUUUCAAUAAACAGACAAAAACAAAGGAAAACUUUUUUUCCUGUCUUAUGAUUUGUAUAUUUUUGGGAAAUGU